GGUGCUGAGGGGUGCUGGUAGCGGAGCCGGUUGUUGCAGCGCUCCCCGGAGCGCUGGGCUGGGCUGGGAAUUGGUCAGCAAGCGGCAUCGAGCUUAGCGCUGUCUGCCGUAGCUCCCGGACCCUAGCAGGUCGCUUGGAAAAAUGCCCCGUGUAAUGAAGUUGGGAAAUAAUAAUUAGUCUUCGAGGAGGGCCAAGUGCUUAAAGGACUGCACAGAAAUACACGAGGCUGUCUGGCGUACACAGAACGCGGGAGAAAUACAAGCACCAGGUGGGCAGCCCAAGACACAUGCCUAAGGAACACUUUCUCUCACCGCAUCUGGAAUAUUUCAAUGACCGCUUUCCUCGGCAAGGCAGCGAGACGAGCCGCAACUGCAGCGCUCGCAUGUUCUGCUCGGAAACUUCACGAGGAGCGCUGCCGCGGCCAAGCUGCGGACGGGACCUGGAAGCUGGACGGGGCCAAACCGCGGUGAGGGCUCGUGUCUGGAGGAGCAGCUCGGCACCGGGAGGAGCAGCCUCGUCCCGCUGCGGAGGUUUAAGGUAGAAACUUAAACAUACCAGGUGCAGAGCAGAACACAGUAGCCAUGAAUGACAUUGCACAGAAAACUGAGAUUCUGCUUUCUUCAUCUAAACCCGUCCAAAAAUCCUAUGUACCCAAGCUUCACAAGGGUGAUGUAAAGGAUAAAUUUGAAGCUAUGCAGAAAGCAAGGGAAGAAAGAAAUCAAAGGAGAUCUAGAGAUGAAAAGCAAAGAAGAAAAGAACAAUAUGUUAGAGAGAGAGAAUGGAACAGGAGAAAGCAGGAGAUGAAAGAACUGCUUGCAUCUGAUGAUGAUGAUGACACAAAAUCAUCUAAGAUGGACAAGGGUUACGUUCCAAAGCUAAUAGGAACUGUUAAAGGCAAGUUUGCAGAAAUGGAGAAGCAAAGGCAAGAAGAAGAAAGAAAAAGAACGGAAGAAGAAAGAAAGCGCAGAAUUGAACAAGAUAUGAUUGAGAAAAGAAAAAUUCAAAGAGAACUAGCAAAAAAAGCACAGGAGAUUGAUGACUUAAACAAUACGGGAACUGAAUCAGCAGCAGAGGAAGGGGAUGAUUCACUGCUGGUUACAGUAGUACCUGUAAAACCCACCAAAACACCUGGGAAGAAGAAAAUAAACUUUGAAAACACAGGAAAAGAAAGAGUAGAACAAAAAGACAGACAGGAUGAAGAAAUGAAGCCAAAAUAUGAAGAACAAAAACAAUUCCUUAAGGAAACCAAGUGCCUUUCAUUUGUCACGGGUGAAAAUCAAGACAAUGAAUCACAAGAACCUCUGUCUCCUGGUAAGCUGAAAGUAACAUUUGAAGAACUUGAAAGACAGAGACAGGAAAAUCAAAGGCGGCAAGCAGAGGUAGAAGCAAAACAGCGUUUAGAAGAGGAAAAACGCGCCUUUGAAGAAGCUAGACAGCGAAUGAUAAAUGAAGGUGAUGAUGAUGAAUCUGAAAGUUCUGGUAAAGAAUUCCGUCCUGGUAAACUUAGGCUCAGUUUUGAGGAGAUGGAAAGACAGAGGAGAGAAGAGGAAAAGAGGAAAGCAGAACAAGAUGCAAGACGACGCAUAGAAGAAGAGAAACGGGCAUUUGCUGAAGCAAGGAAGAAUAUGGUGCUGGAUGAUGAAUCACCAGAGAUGUUUAAAACAUUUUCUCAAGAAUCUCUCAUACCUGGUAAACUGGAAAUUAAUUUUGAGGAAAUGCUGAGACAAAAAAUGGAAGAAGAAAAGAGACGCACAGAGGAAGAGCGUAGGCAAAAGUUGGAAAUGGAAAAGCAAGAAUUUCAACAGUUAAGACAAGAAAUGGGAGAGCUGGAAGAAGAGUCUGAAACUUUUGAGCUAAGCAAAGAAUACGAAGAAUUAAUAAAGCUAAAAAGAAGUGGUUCUAUUCAGGCAAAGAACUUGAAAAGCAAGUUUGAAAAAAUAGGACAAUUGUCUCAAGAAGAAAUACAGAAGAAGAUUGAAGAAGAACGAGCUAAGAGAAGAGCAAUGGAUGAAGAAAUAAGAGAAAGGGAAGCUGAAAAAUUUCAAGAGGAUGAUGAAGUAGAUGUGAGACCAGCCAAGAAAUCUGAGGCUCCAUUUACUCAUAAAGUAAACAUGAAGGCACGUUUUGAGCAAAUGGCAAGAGCCAGGCAAGAAGAAGAACAGAGGAGAAUCGAAGAACAAAAAUUACUACGCAUGCAGUUUGAACAAAAAGAAAUUGAUGCUGCAUUACAGAAGAAAAGGGAAGAGGAAGAAGAAGAUGAUGGAAGCAUUAUUAAUGGUUCUGCUUGUGAAGAUGAGGAAGAUCAAGCUCGAUCUGGAGCUCCCUGGUUCAAGAAGUCACUGAAAAACACAUCAGUUGUUGAUGGCGAGCCAGUGAGAUUUACAGUUAAAAUUACUGGAGAACCAAAACCUCAAGUCACAUGGUGGUUUGAGGGGGAAAUGUUGCAGGACUCUGAGGACUACCAAUAUAUUGAAAGAGGAGAAACUUACUGCCUUUAUUUGCCAGAAACCUUCCCAGAAGAUGAAGGUGAAUAUAUGUGUAAAGCAGUCAACAAUAGAGGCACAUCUGCUAGCACCUGUAUUCUCACCAUUGAAACUGAUGACUACUAAUGCUCUACUUUAGCUGGAAUCUCUCUUCCCCUCAAAACUUUCUUACUGCAUCAUCUCUUUCUCUGAUGGGGCCAACUAAAGAAAGCAAGGAUAUGCAUUGAUUUGUCAUUCCUGCAUCAGAUAAGAAUAACCUUCAAACUGUGUGAGCGUCCAGGUUCCUUGCUCAGUAUGAAAUUUAGUACUGAAGGUUAAAAAGGAAUGAACGUUAAGAACUAAAAGGAAAAACUGAAUAGUAGUGCUCCCACAUUUGAAGACCAACUGUUGUGUAAUAGUAUAAAACUAAAUACACAAUCUGGAAACCUGUGUAGUAGUGUAAAUCUACUGGUAUAUUUUGCAUGAACACUAAGUAUUUAAGCUGUUUUACUUUAUCCCAGAAGCAUAGAACUGGCAAAAGGAAAUACUUAUCAGUGAUUUUUCAAAAACCCCAGUGUAAUAUUUUUAAACAAUAAAAGAUUACAUAACUGCUAACUUUUGUGGGUUUGUUUCAAAGAUCAUUAGUUCUUUUAUUAUUAUUCUUUUUUAAAACAGACUUGCAUUUAAACUGUUAGGCUCGUAUCAACCUAUGCAGUUGGUUAUCCAAAAACUAAAAACUAUCUCAGUAAGGCUUUUAGUAGUCUUCUGUCUACAAGCAAAUGUUGGUAUUCUAUCUAAUUUUUCAUUGCUUAAAAUAUAUAGGAACAGUUGGUAACAAAACGUGAUCCGAUCACAGUUAAAUUGAUAGGAAGCAACUUUAAGAAAAAUAUUUUCAGGAAGCGCAUGAAGCUCAAUUUCUCCACUUUCACUCGCUCUUAAUGCAAACAAUUUAUUGCUGCAUCUGUAAACAUUGUCUGCUUAAGGCUAACAUACUGUUUUUCUCUCAGAUCUCUGAUAGCAAUGCUAAUGCCAUUGUGCUAACACCAUGUGCAUUUUUUCACCUGAAGCUUGUUUAAGAGUUAUUUUACAAACAAGUCACAUUUUAAAUUGAAAAGCAUGUGGAGAGCCUUAACAUAAGACACAAUCUGCAGCAAAUUAAAUUUAUGCCAUCAUUUCAAAAUGACUGAACAAAAUUCUAUUAUGCUCAAUCAUGAUGACUGCUCUCUGUACAGUUACCUAUUAAAAGUCAUUCUUCUGCCUCAAUAAAAGUUGUAAAUUCAGACAUUUUGAAAAAA